AUGGCUGCGCGGAAGCUGUCUGAUGGAAAAGAGGGAGAGACCUCAGUGCUCUGUCUCCACGCCAUCUCCCCAGACACGCGGGAAGGUCAAGCGGGGCAAACAGCCUCCCUUCCCGAAGGCCGGGCAGCCUUCGAGGCACUGGAGCGUUCAUUGCGGCACUCUCACUCUCCCCUGGGGAGAGAAGAGAGGCCCGUGAUCUGGGCGGUGCGUGAUAGGCGUCAGUCAGCCCAGGGCAGGGGAAGCAGAUGA